AUGCAGCUCACCCAGAUCCUCGCCGCCGCCACCACCCUCAUGGCCUCCUCGGCGCUGGCCGCCCCCGCGCCCGCCAGCAAGUCGAUGAUGGCCUCUGGCGCACAGUGGACCAUCGAGGGGAUGAAGCGCGAGUGCGCGAGCGACGACAGCUCGUGCACGUGGAAGUUUGGCAUCAACCCGCACGACGGCAAGGCCGCCACGCAGUGCGAGUACGUGGUCAAGCAGGCGCACGCCUCGCGCGCCAACCCGGCCGGCCCGAGCAACUGCGGCGACUACACCAUCACGUCGGGCUGGAGCGGGCAGUUUGGCGAGGGCAAUGGCUUCACGACGCUGUCGGUCGUGGACAACAAGAAGCGGCUCAUCACCUGGCCUGCGUACACGGACAAGCAGGUCCAGGACGGAAAGGUGGUUGAGCCCGACCAGAGCUACACUCCCCAGAACCUGCCUUAG